AUGACUGUAGAAUCCGCCGUUCAGCUACUUCCAAUCCCUGCUCCUGCCGCUAGCCAGUUCGGAGUUGAGAUUAGAGGCCUCGAUCUUGCCAACCUUUCCGACGAGGACUUCAAGAUAAUCGAAAAGGCCCUCUACGAGCACCAAGUUGUUCUCUUUAAAAAUCAACAAUCACUCUCCCCCUAUCACCAGUACCAGCUCAAUCAUCGCUUCUCUCCCAACAGCACCAUUUACGGCCACUCAAAUAACACCAAAAAGACUGCAUCAAUCCUUCAUCCCGACCUUAAGACUCUCCCAAAUCAACCUCAGGUUCAGUUGAUCGGUAAUGGAUUUGUCCCCGAAUACGAAGGCCUCCAAAAUGCUCAAUUGAAGCAUCCACACCACAAGACCUUUCAUAAAACUGCCAUCCCUGAGGCCGAAGAUCUCGACUUCACAAGAUUCUAUAGAUGGCACAUUGAUGCCGCUCUCUAUGGCGCAAACAUGCAGCCGCCAAAAGUAACAACUCUCAUGGCUGUUAAAGUGCCUGGAGGGAGACGCCAGGUUCUUCGUUAUGACGAUGGAACGGAUGAUAAUCUCAACGUGUCAUUGGGCACUACGGCCUUUGUUUCUGGCGAGAAAAGCUACGAAAUCUUGAGCGAUGAGGCCAAGGAGUUCGCCCGAACCACUAGGGUCGAGUACGCCCCACAUCCAUACAUCUGGAUGUCAAAGGCCAAAUCUCUCCCUACAGGUCUCGGUCUUUUCUCUGACGGACUGGAGCUUCUAGAAAGCGAGUUGCCAGACGUUACCGAAUCAGACAUUCAGAUUCAUCCAAUCUGCUGGAAGAAUCCAGUGACCGGGAAGCUGGCUUUACAAAUUCACCCCAGUGCCGUUAGAAAGCUUCAUCUCAAAGAUGGUACUAUCAUCGAUGAUAUUGCCAAGGUUAGAGAUAUCGUUUACGGUCUGUUGAGGCCAGGAAUUGCACCCGAACUUGUCUACGCGCAUGAUUGGGAAGAGGGCGAUAUGGUGUUGUUCCAUAACCGUGGUGCGUUGCAUACUGUCUGUGGGGCAUUCGCACCCGAAGAGGUCAGGAUGUUUCGACAGUGCAAUUUGGCGGAUACUGAGGCUCCAGCGGGACCAGAUGCUUAA